UUUGCUUUGCCAGUUCAAUAAAAGUAGGAAACAAAACCAUGAUUCUCAAAUCAAAACCUGAGUCGGUUCUAGGGUUUUACCCGUAGAAGUACGGAAGAUGAAGCUCGCGGGGCUGAAAUCGGUUGACAAUGCUCACGACGACUCCGUGUGGGCGGCGACGUGGGUUCCGGCCACUGACGACCGCCCGCCGGUGCUCCUGACGGGGUCGCUAGACGAGACGGUGCGCGUGUGGAGAUCCGACGAGCUCAGCUGUGUCGCCACCAACACCGGCCACUGCCUCGGUGUUGUCUCCGUCGCCGCUCAUCCCUCCGGCGUCAUUGCCGCCUCGGCCUCCCUCGAUAGCUUCGUCCGCGUGUUCGAUGUCGACCGCAACAACACCAUCGCCACUCUCGAAGCGCCGCCCUCCGAAGUCUGGCAGAUGCAAUUCGACCCCAAGGGCACCAUUCUUGCAGUUGCUGGUGGGGGCAGUGCAUCCGUCAAACUGUGGAGCACUGCUGAAUGGAAGCUGAUUGCUUCCUUGUCAAUCCCUCGUCCUGAAGGAUUGAAGCCCUCUGAUAAAAAUGCCAACAAAAAGUUUGUUCUCUCAGUUGCAUGGAGCCCUGAUGGGAAACGACUGGCCUGUGGCUCAAUGGAUGGCACCAUCUCUGUUUUUGAUGUAUCUCGGGGCAAAUUCCUACACCAUUUGGAAGGUCACUUUAUGCCUGUUCGCUCUAUUGUAUAUUCACCUGUUGAUCCAAGAGUUCUCUUUUCAGCCUCAGAUGAUGGGCAUGUUCACAUGUACGAUGCUGAAGGAAAGACCUUGAUUAAGGCCAUGUCGGGUCAUGCCAGCUGGGUACUGAGUGUGGAUGCGAGUCCAGAUGGAGCAGCAGUUGCCACAGGCUCAAGUGACAGGACUGUCAGACUGUGGGAUCUCAAGAUGAGAGCAGCUGUGCAAACGCUGAGCAACCAUACGGACCAGGUCUGGGCAGUGGCGUUUCGGCCACCUGGAGGAGGAGCCGGUAGACUGGUGAGUGUGUCCGAUGACAAGAGCAUAUCCCUCUAUGAUUACUCUUGAAGAAAGGCAAGCUGUUUGUUACCUGGAAACUUGUAGUUUGAACGUACUGCUGCUUCUUCAAUACCGUGUCAAUAUUACAUCAGGGAAUGGAAAUGCUUUUGGAUUCAAAAUUGGUUCAGUACCCGCGACCCGUGUUUUUUUAUUAUAAUGUCACGUUGUUGGGUGGUUACUAAUCCCGUGUU